CUUCCCUCUCCCCGCUCCCGGCCGGCCUGCGCGGCCAUGGCGCUGGGGCUCGCCGCUCUGCGCGUCCUGCUGGGCGGCUUCUUCGCACUCACGGGGGCAGCCAAGCUUUCGGAGAUCUCGGCUCCCGCGUCCGAGCAGAUGAAAGCCCUGUUUGUGCAGUUUGCUGAGGUGUUCCCGUUGAAGAUGUUCGGCUACCAGCCAGAUCCCAUGAGAUACCAAGGGGCUGUGGGCUUCCUGCAACUGCUGGCUGGGCUGCUGCUGGUCCUGGGCCCAUCGAUGCUGCAAGAGGGGCUAUCUUCACCUUGGCGUCUCUGAAAGAGUCACCCAACACCUACAUCCCAGCUGUCCUCUGCCUGGGGCUCCUGCUGCUGCUGGAUAUCUGCCAGCUCUGAGGCCAAACUGAGGAGGUGGUCAGACCCACCAGGGAGAAGACUCUUCCAAGUGCACUCAGGGAAUCCCGGGAGUCGAGGGCCUCUUGCCUCUUCAUGCCAUGCCACGGUCACGGCAGGAACAUGGUGGAACACACAGUCUACCACCUUGUUACCAGUACCUCCAGCGUUGGCCAGUGUUGAAGGAGACAUCUUAUCUUCCUGACCCUGCUUUCUGUCUUGGACAGGUACUGCUCUGUUUCGAGGGCUGCAUGUUAAACAUACUAACAUUCCUCAUGUCAUGUGAAAAUAGAAAAUAAACAGAAAAGCGAUUUAAAUCACCCCAUAUUUUAAUGCACCAAAAUAACUAUUAAUUCCUUUUAAUAACUGUACUGCUCAAC